GAGACAGGGAGAGAGAGAGAGAGAGACAGAGGGAGAGACAGACAAACAGAGAGAUCCCAGUGCUGUCACUCUGCUCCCCAUCACCACCAGGUCUGUAUAGCUCAGGCUAACCCUCACCUCCCAAACACUAAGAUUCCCAAUGUGUGCACCCCACCCCCAUCCCAGGCUGCCCGGGCUACCCCUCCUGUUUCUUUUUGCUGCUACUGUUUUUGAGCCAAGUUCUUGCUGUGUAGCCCUGGCUUGUCUAGAACUGUCUAUGUAGCCUGGGCUGGCCCUAAAUUCACAGUUGUAACCAAGUGUGACCGGAUUUCUGAUGCACCACCACACAGUUUUACGAGGUUCUGGGGAUCAGGCCCAGGCUUCGUGCAUGCUGGUCAGGCCAGCUCCUCGGGCCACGUCUCCAGAGCCUCCCUUUCCCCUGGUUCUGCUGUAGGCCAGGAGUGAGGGCGUCCACAGUCCCAAGCUUGUUUUACCCAGCUCCCCUCGCUCUGGCUCCUGGUCACUUCAGCUUUAAAGGGCCCUAAAGCCAGGCCCUUUUGUCCUUUGUGUAAGUCACUGUGCUGUACCCCAGGAACCUCCUAGCCACCAUCCUUCCCGUCCUGGCCUGUCUUCUGGCCAGGGCUGGGUGACUAGGCUGGGAAUCCGCCCAGCCUCAAACGCUCCCUGGGCAUAGGCUGAGGCUGGGGCUGAAGCCACUGCCCUUGAAAAGACAAUGGAGCCAUCCCUGAUGGAGUGACUUCGCGUGCAUCACCUGACUGCUGAAACCUAGACAGGUGUGUACACACACGCGCACACACACGCACGCUCACGUGCUCACACACAUACACGCGCGCUCACACGUGCUCACGCGCGCGCACACACACACACACGUUCACACGCCCUAGCCAGUGCUCUAGCCAUGUAUACCAUGCACCAGUCACCCAUGGGCAGCCUCCGGGUAACAAAGGAGCUGAACCUCUAGGAUUUUCUCCACAUGGGAGGCACGGGUGGGAUGAUUGGGGAGCUCAUUGUGUAGCUCGCCCCUGAAUCUCCCCACCACACACACACACACACACAAAUUGGGGAGCUCAUUGUGUAGCUUGCCCCUGAAUCUCCCCACCACACACACACACACACACACAAAUUGGGGAGCUCAUUGUGUAGCUCGCCCCUGAAUCUCCCCACCACACACACACACACACACAGACUAAGCCGUCACAGGGACCAGACACAGGCUCUACUAGACUCCUCUCCCUGCUAACAAAAUCCCAUAGGUGUGAUGUGCCCCCAACCUAGCAGAGCCCCACUGGGGUUGCUGGGGUUUCAGACUGUAAAAUGCUUAAGAAGGGCCAAGAGCAGAGUUGUUGCUAUGGCAACUGAGGUAAGCCAGGCUUUCCCUGGUACCCAGCAGACCAAGCACCUGGCACUGCUUCUAACUCUUGCUAGUUCGUACCGAAGGUCCUUAGGUGGCUGCUGCUUCCUGGUUCGUCUUUUACCCAGUCCUGCAGGGCUGAGUGACACAGGGUUUGGGGCCAUCUGUGUGACAGCAGAUGUGAUUUCACAAGGACAGAUGUUUGCAAGAUGACCAGGUUCAGGAAGGCAGGAAGAAGAUAGGGAGAGACCCUUCCUGCAUAGCUUCAAAACAAUCCCGAGGGAGGGAGACGGCUUCCUUGAGAUGGAGUCCUGUUUGCCGCUGUAUCCUCCAGGCUAGCGGAUGAGAGCUGCCGGACACGCUGUCUCCGUUCUCCAUCUCGAGGAGGGGGGCCGUGUCCAGCUGCCUGCACGUCCCGAGGACCCAGCUCAACCUCAAACUUGCACAAGUACUUUAUACACAGGGCUCAAAGAUACCCAACUCACGAUCACUGCAAGUCAUUUCCCGCUAUUGCAGAUUACAAAUGGGCCAUGGGCCUCUGUUUGGGCUGCCCUUGGACUAGCCUGUGAAAAAGACCCAAGGUCCCUUACCCUACCCGAGGGAGCCGCUCCCCCAAAUACCCCACCAGGGUCCCCUGCUUGGCCUCUGCCAAGCUUUCCCCACAGAGGUUUGUUCACCACAGCACUGGGGAAUCGCCAUGUCUGCCAAGGCCCACCCCUCAUCAGCCAAGCUUUGUUUGACAGAACGCCCCGUGCCACUCGCUUGAUCUCUACCAGUGGUCCUAGUCCAGGAAAACAAAAUAUCCGAGGGGUGGGGGAGAGAGCUGCGUGACAAAGAGCUUGCUGUGCAAACCGGAUGGCGCUUGACCCCCGAAUCCACUAAGAGUGGGUUUCAUGGCAUGCGCCAUGAUCCCAGCAAGACAGAGGACCACUGCCAGCCGGGCGGUGGUGGAGCUCAGCAGCAGAGGCCAGCCUAGUCUACAGAGUUCCAGGACAGCCAGGGCGACAACUAACUAGCCUUAAAGCUCUCAGGCCAGCAUGCCUGGAGUGCACAGCUCAGUGGCAGAAAGAGACUUUGCCUCAAGAUGAAGGCAAGAACCCACUUCCAAAAGCUGUCCUCUGACCUACACAUGCAGGCAACUGCGUAACACACACAAUAAAUAAUUCAAAGCUGGUCGUGGUAGCCUGCACUUGUAAUCCCAGUACAGGGUAAGUGGAGUCAGACAGAUCCCUGGGGCCUCCUGGCCAGCUAGCCUAAUCUGUUAGUCAAGUUCCAAGCCAGUGAGCCUAUCUCAAAAGCAAGGGCGAUGGCUCCUGAGGAGGAUGAUUCCAGAGGUCAUCGGGCGCAAGUAUGUGCACUCACAGUGUGUGUUAAACUCAGGGGGCAGAGGCAGACAGCUCUCUCUGACCGCACCCAAGCGUCAGGAGGCAGAGGGUCACAAGGCAUCUGUUACAGAACCCACAGCCACCGGCAGGUUCGGGUCAGCGUUUGGACUUGAUGGCGAGGAGCUCUUUAAAGGUGUCCCUGAGAGACGACCACUUCUUUCGCAAGUCUCUCAAUGGCCACUUGAAUGCAUGGGCAUCUGGUGGGUAUGGUUCGUGACCAGGGACCAAUCUACUAAUUAGUCUAUUCUGGGACAUCAUCGCCCCACACUCAUUUAGAAACCGCAGUAAGGAUGUCUGCAUACACAGUGUUCAGCAGCUAUGAUCCCUGAAUUACUCCGGAACAGCAAAGGCACAAAAAAAAAAAAAAAACAUCUCUGGAUGGGAAGGCGAGGGGCACUGCGGACCUCCGGGUAGCAACUGAGCGGGGUGGCUCCUGCCUGGGGAUCUGGGCUGUGGGGACGGCCCGCUUUCCGCUCUUCUAAUCCCUAGUCCAUCACCGCUAGCAGCAGCUACAGCACCCUGGCUUUCUGCCUUCUGGGAUUGCCCCAGGCUGUCCCAGGCGGGGCUCCUCCACCCCCAUAUCCAGUCAGCUGAUUGGUGGAGCCGCGCCUACACUCCCCGCCCUGUGAAAGUUUGGUCCCAGCGGCGCGGGACUCCUACUGUAGCCUAUGAGUCCCAAACUCAAAUUCCUGCCCUCGUAGGUGGGAGGGUUAACUUGAAGGGGUGGAGAUUCCAACCAGGAGGCUGACCCAGUAGGGUCAACCUCAGCAGUGUCAGCCUUAGAGCUGGGAGUCCUAGCGUCACCGGCCACUGGAGCGCGUGCACGCUUGUGUGCGGUUCCUUGAGAGGGCGUGGGGCGAUGCAGGGCGGCUAGGUUCCCGCUACUCGUCCCAAGACGGAGGUGGCUCGGGGGACCAGACCUAUCCCAGCCAGUCCUUCCGAGGGCACUGGACUGCCUUUGCUGGAGAUGAAGCCGGCAGGUGCGGGUCCCGCAGUGUCCCCCGAGGCCGAGUCCCCGGACGCGUUCCUUGGCCCUCCAUUUCCCUGGCCCUGCCCACCCGACGUGCGGCUCUGUGGCCACCUGCGGAAGCAGAAGUCCCAGCGCCGCCGCUUCUUCGUUCUGCGCGCUGACCCUCCGCGUCUGGAGUGCUACGAGAACGAGAAGAAGUUCCUCGCCAGCGGCUGCCGCCCACCUCGACCCCGGCGCAGCGUGAGCCUGGAGGGUGCCUGCACUAUCAGCAAGCGUGCGGACGCCCGCCAGCGCCACCUGAUCGUCGUCUACACCAGCGACAGCAGCCUGGGCGUAGCGGCGGCCAGCGAAGCUGAGCAGCAAGCGUGGUACAGCGCCCUGCUGGAGGUGCGCGCCUCCGCCGCGGCAGCUGCCGCCACUGCUAUGGGUCUCAGUCCCCAAGAGGCCCCUGAGUCUUGGAUCUUCGCCCCGUUCCAGGACGUCUGGCCUGUGACACUGCGGUCCAAGGGGCUGGGGCGCGUACGAGGCCUGAGCAGCGGCAGCUAUCGCCUGUGCCUGGGUUCUGGGGCCCUGAGCCUCCUGCGGAAGCCAGGAAGCAAAGGCUCCAAAGACAGUCGGGCAUCGCCACCACCGGCCCUGCGCCUGUCCUUGCUCAGCGUGCGCCGCUGCGGCCAUGCAGACUCCUUCUUCUUCCUAGAACUCGGGCGCUCAGCGCCCACAGGUCCCGGGGAGCUGUGGAUGCAGGCACCCGACGCAGUGGUGGCCCAAAGCAUUCAUGAGACCGUCCUGGCUGCCAUGAAGAGGCUGGGGAGCGGUGCAACCAGUGACGAGGCUGAGCCACUGUCCGGAGAUUUUCCAGAUAGUGCGUCUGCAGCCCCUGCCCCGGUACCAUAUGAAACCCCUGCUUCUGUAACGCAACCGAGGAGCCCGGGUGAGAGAUCAAAGCAAGACCACAAGACCUUGGAAAGGAUGGGGCCCACACCCUCCUCCAAGGGGCUAGAUCUGGGCGGGGACUAUAUCACCAUGGGAGCCAGGGAUGACUACAUGCGCAUGGGAGGAGAGGCUGGGGACUACAUGUGGAUGGCACCCCCAAGCCUUCCUCCCACCCCUGCCAGGGUGGACCCUGGCAGGUCACUUCAGGAUUGUGAGAACACAGAGUACGUGCCCAUGAAUAGAUUUUUACCAGGGCCUUUUUACUACGAGCUCAAGGCCAGGGGGCCUGAACUUGGGCAUCAGGGGGCCCUUUGCAGCGUUGGGGACAGAUGGGGACCCACAGAGGCUCAGCCUCGCUCUUCCCAGCUUUCAGAACUAUCUGGGGACUACAUGUACAUCCCAGACUGUGUAGGAAUGAGCAGUGCUGAGCCAGGGUCCCUGGACAGCUGCCUCAACUAUGUGGAUCUGGACCUAGUCCCUCCCUUGGAGGUGCCUGGAGCAGCCUCUGGGGAUAGUCCACACAGCUGUGGCAGCGUCAAGUUCUAGAACCUUUGGGGAGAUGGCCAAGGGAGAGAGGGAAAGUUACUAGUGUACACCUCAGCCCCCGCACAGGGAAGCAAGGGACCCCUUGCCAUGCCCAGCUGUGUGCCCCCUAAGAAGCCCUCAGGAAGAGGUUCUCCCAAGAAAUUAGACUCUUAAAGAGAGAAAGUUCUAGAAUCCCCCUCUGUCCCAACCCAAAAAACCAACCAACCAAACAGAAAGCCCCCAAACCUGACAAAGUCUGGGCCUUCUCAGCUGAGACCCUGGUCUUGUCUCUGAGGAACUCCCGCAGAAUCAGUCAGUCAGGCUAGCUGCGGCCACUUAACCCCACUCACUCGUUUUCAAGCCAGAGACAGCUCCUAGGGCCCCGGUUCAAAAACGAUGGGCGCGUCCGGGACCAUGUUAGUGCUCCCCUCCCCCAGCAGCCUGGCCUCCUGGGUCCUCCUCUGUCACCAGCCAGGCUCGCCUGACGCUCUCUCGGCCUGGCCGAGCUGCCCAAGUCCUCACUUCCUAGAGAACUGUGGACCCAACCCACCCAUUAAAGGUGCUCUGCACCCGGA